UUUGGACAAGCUACUUUAUAAUAAAAUUAAAAUUCAUUUAGAUGCAAAAUAUAUGUCACGGAGACGCAAAUCACGGAGACGCAAAUUCGCCUCACUACUCAGUGCCCAGUGAAUAGACGACUUCUCAUCGACCGGAAGACAGACGACGGACGACGCGACCGACGCCGGUAACGCAUCCCGAUUUCAGGACUCCUUCCAAGUACAACUUCUCAUUCGCCUCACUACUUAGUUCUAUCUCACAUCUUAAACCGGUGAGAUGGCAACUCUAAGGAAUCUGAAAAUCAAGACUGGGACUUGCAAGCGCCUGGUUAAGGAGUUCCAUUCUUAUGAGAAGGAGGUUGAGAGAGAAGCUGCCAAGACAGCUGACAUGAAGGAUAAAGGAGCUGAUCCUUAUGACCUCAAGCAACAGGAAAAUGUGCUGGCUGAAUCAAGGAUGAUGAUCCCCGACUGUCGAAAGCGCCUGGAGGCCUCACUAGCUGACUUAAAAGGAACUUUGGCUGAGUUGGAAGAAGAGUUGAACCAGAAGGAAGGCCCUGAAAUUGAAGAAGCUCGAACAAUUAUUGCAGAAGUUGAUAAGCUGUUCCAGACAACAGAAGCCUAGUUUUCCAGCUUUUGUAACAAUUACCAACUUUCAGUGUUCUUUCAUUCGGAUUCUCCUUUAAAUCUGUCCUAAAAAAUGUGAGAUGAUGAACAUACUAGUGACGCUUUGCCAUUGUUCUCGAAGUAGCCUUGAUGGCUUGAUCUCCUGCUUGUAUUUCUACUUUAAAAAUAUGUUACUCGGUAUUCCUGGCGCUUUAGUU